UGAAGGGAUGUAGCAGACCCCCCCUCCUGUCCCAAGAGCGGGACAUUUCUUUUGCAAUUGUUGAAGGGAUCCUGGUUUCUAUUCAGAGCUGCUCUCUGGGCCCCAUGAGAUCACUAGACCAUCUUCAUUUUUCAGGGGCAAAAGUAUAUUUUCCUGCUGACAUGGUAGUAUGUUCCCAGCAAGUUCUUAGGAAACUGAUGAUUGCUCUUCUACAAGAGAAGGAAGAGAGGAAUGAUGCACCUACUUGGAUCGUGCAAGACGGAAGCAUCAGGAGAAAUUGGGUGAAGGAUAAAGAAGACGCUGCUGAUAGAAUCUGAGAGGAAGGAAGCAGUGCCUGGUGCCAGGGCUCUGCAUGUGACAUUAUAAAUUGUCCUUCUAGAGACCGGCCUCCCAGACGGCUUCCAGAGAUGGAUCACCUCACCCUCCUCCUGGCAAUUCUUUAUGUGUACACAGCGCCAUGUGAAGAGAUUUCUUGGGACACGACUGUUAAGCUUGCUAAGAAUAUGAGCCUAGAAUGUGUGUAUCCAUUAGCGGACAGUGUAACCCAGAUUGAGUGGUUCAAGAUAAAGAUGGAGAGAGAGUCCGUGGCCAUUUUCAACCCUAUGUUCCGUGGGAUCAUAAGAGAGGCCUACACUGAUAGGGUCUACUUCUCAAAUCAAACCGCGGCCUCUAACGACAUGACCCUGACCUUCUACAAUGCCUCUGAGGCGGACGUGGGCUUCUACUCCUGCUUCCUGCAUACUUUCCCAUUCGGAACCUGGGAGAAGGUGAUACGAGUGGUCGCAUCAGACAGUUUUGAGGAUGCUGGGCCACCAAAUAGCCAGAUGGUCUCAGAACCCGGAGAAAACGUCACGCUCACCUGCCAGCCUAAAGAGAAGUGUCUGUUAGAGGAAAUGUCGUGGGAAAAGAUCCAGCCCCAGCAGAUCGACAUCUUAAUAAGCUGCAACUUGUCCCACGGAAGAAGUUACCCGUCCAAGUACCCAAGACAGAUACUGAGUAACUGCAGCCGCGGCAUGAAAAAGGCCUUCGUCACCAUUCCUAAUGUUACAGGCUCCGACUCGGGGCUCUACCGCUGUGGCUUCAAAGCCAGCACUGGGGAAAAAGAAACCUUUGUGAUGAGGCUGACCGUGACCGACGGUGAAACCAAUACCCAAUACAUCCUCUUUGUGGCUAGUGGGGCAGGUUUUCUGUUGCUGUUGGUUAUCCUAAUUACCACCAUCACUGUCAUUGCUUAUAAGAGAAGGAGAAGGCAACAGCAAAGAGGCCCAUUUAAAGAUUUCUGGAUCACACAGAAUAGGGCAGCCAACAACUAUAGGAAUACCUUCCCUGCCAGUCCACCGUCAGAUGGUGCAGGAGAGGACAUUUAUGUCAACCACCCAACCUUCUCUCGUGUACCCAGGGCUAGAGUCUAAGCCCAUCAUAGGAGAAUGUAGAUGAUAACUAUUAUGUACAUGGAUCGUUGUACAGUUUCUUCCCACUAUUUAAUGUCUACCUUGGAUACUGAUUGAUCAAAUUUAUUUCAUUCGACAAGAAAAAUACUGCCUAACCAUGGAGAGCAUUCUUAACAGAUAUGUUUUAGAAAACCUGACUCUAAUUAGCUUAUACAUAAAAGGAAACAUUGAAUCAUAUAAUGGGACAAUCCAGGGAAGAUCAAGCUUCAGGGAAGGGUUAUUUGCCAGGGCUUAAAGAUUAUGUCCAGAAUUAAGAAUGGACAAAAGACAGUUUCUGGAUCCCCUUUCACAGCAUUGGAUCUACUUCCCUUGAUGUUAGCCUCACUCUCCUUCAGGCUUUCUGCUUGUGUUUCCAAGAUGAUUGCCGACAACUCUCAGCAAGUCAUAAUCCUUGCUUCUGCCUGGUAGAGAGCAAGCACAUUUGAUGACUUGGCCAUCGUUAAGCAGUCAUCAUGGCCAGAAAGGAAAUCAACCCUGAAUAUUCAUUGGAAGGACUGAUGCUGAAGCUGAAGCUCCAG